AUGGACACGGAAAAAGUGAAGACGAUUAGUCGUGGUAGACAUGCUUUGAAUAUGGCUUUGCAAAAACAAGACGAUGAAACGAAACACGUUACAUUCUGUACAGAUAAUUGCACGGCCCAGAAUAAGAAUUGGGUUCUAUUUACUGCUUGUAUAAUUCUUGUUAAUGAGGACUGGAGUCCUGAAAGCAUCACAUUUGAAUACUUCCAACCUGGACAUAGCUUCAUGAAACCAGAUUCAAUACAUGGCCAAAUCGGAAAGAAAUGGAAAAGGACUUCAGAAGUCUUGGACUAUGGAGAUUUGAAGAGGUUUACAAAAUCCUCGAAUAAAUUGAAUACGAUAAUAAGUUUACGCGCUCGAAACUUCAAAUUAUUUACCAGUGGGUGCACUCAACGGAACAAAAGUUCCUCAAUACCAAAGCUGAAGGAUAGAAAAUGUGUGCAAUUCAGAAAAGGAUCAAGAAAAAUGUUUUUCAAACAAGAAUUGGAAGAUGAUGAAUUCUCAGAAGCAUCGAUCCUGAAACCGAAAUUCAUAUUGGAGUUACCAGAAACGGUGAGGUCUGACAGAGGAAUUAAUACCAAAAAGGAGGAUAUCAUUGUGAGAGAUCUAUUACCGCACAUGACUCCCAGGAAGCGGAUAUUUUGGAUGAAUUUACCAAGUUUUGAUGACCUAUAG